AUGGUCAAACGAUUCAAUGGCUUCGACUUUUGGGAACAGCGCUUCAGGGCCCAGCAAUCGCUAAGCUCCGGCUCUAGUUCCAGCGCCGACUCCGAUUCUGACAGUCAGAGCGAAUGUUCGCCUGUAGAAACUCCAGACGUCUCCACCAUCGAUGAGAUAUCACUAUUGACAGAACAAAGUCCGUGUUCACAAAACAAUAAAUCGACAAACCAAAUCAUCCGAUCCCAACCUAUACUCAUCAAAACUGUCGCUGCUCACGACGUUCGCAAUUCGUUAGCCUUCUCGCCUUCGUUGGACCAUCACAGCCAGUCGGCGUCCGUGUUGCUUUCCAAUAGCUAUGAUGAGAAGGAGGAAUUCCUCACAGUUGUCAAGAGAAAUGACCCCCAUAAUAAAAGAAACAUACAAACAAUUGAUACCAGACGGUCGGCAUCUGGCACAACACUAAGACGGCAAACACCUCUCAAGAUCGACACCACCAACCUCUCCACAGGACCACGCCGCCAAGUCCAACAAAGACAUUCGACACUCCCCAAACUACCUUCAUCUGACAAAUACAAUAUCAUUCCGGAGCAUAGACACACGUUCAAUGCAUCUUUAGAAUGUACAACAUGUCUGACCCAACAGACCGACGAAGCUUUCGAAGCCCUCGCCGAUGCUCUUCGUGAAAAGCGACGAGAGCCAAUAAAACCUACAAUCCAGCUCAUAUCAGGCAGAGACUUCGACGUCCCAGUUAUUAGAACACCAAAGCCAAUCCGACCAAAAAUUAUAUCACAACAUCUCGAGAGGGCACAACAAUGGGCAGAGAGCCAACGAGACUUUGACAGCUCGACAGUGAGCUCUUUGUCAAGUCCAAUGAGCCCAAUGAUGCCCAUUAGCUUGUCAGUUAACACUAAGAAGAGUCCAGUAGAGGCCGAGAUAAUCCCUAUGGGGUGUAAUCUGGAUCAUGACUUGGAAGACUUUUUGAAAUGGGAGGCGCAGCACGUUUGUGCCUAUGGAUAUGGCACGGAUGUGUUUCCCAUCUCGCCUUAG